AUGCAAUUGUUAAUGAAUGCACUAGUAGCCCAACUUCGAUUAAGUACUUUUUGGGAAGAAGAAAUUCCAAAAAGAGAUGCAUCGUUUUUCAAGAAAAACUUCAGAAUGACAAUGGACACUUUUAAAGAGUUAUGCGAUUUUGUCAAAAGUAUGAAAAAACAAAACAGUAACUUUCGUAGACCAAUUUCAUUAGAGAAGAGAGUUGCCAUUGCAGUGUACGCACUUGGCUUAUCCGCAGAGUACAGAACUGUGGGCAACCUUUUCGGAGUGUCGAGAUCAUCUGUAUGCAUAAUCCUUAAAGAAUUUUGCACUGAAGUCUGGAAAAUAAUGCAACCAAUUUAUUUAAACCAGUACCCCUUAAAUGAAGCAACAAUUCGUGAUUGCAUCAAUGGUUUUAAUAUAUUAGGACUUCCACAAUGCAUUAGUGCUAUAGACGGUUGUCAUAUUGAAGUGCGUCCUCGAAAGUCAGAAGCCAUUGAUUAUUACAACUACAAGGGUUGGUAUUCUGUAGUAUUUAUGGCAGCUGUAGACUAUAGAUGCCGCUUUAUGUAUAUUAACGUUGGUUACCCUGGUCGUUGUAACGAUUCUCAAAUAUUUAAGAAAUCUAAAUUGAAACAACAUCAUAUGAAACCGAUGAUGAAAGAAUUUUGUGUUGAAAUAAAUGGCGUGUGCAUGCCUCCACUACUGUUGGGAAAUUCUGCAUUCUGCUUUUCUAUUUUGAUGAAACCCUAUCCCUUUAGUGAGUUUGCUAGUCCAACAGAAAAGCAUUUCAAUUAUGUUUUUUCAAAGUGCAGAAGGGUAGUGGAGAACGCUUUUGGGCACCUCAAAGCAAGAUUCAGAAGAAGAUUCAGAAUUGGAAAGGGACUAGACAACCACAUUGAUAAUGUUAACUUAAUUAUAAAAAGUGCUUGUGUCCUACACAACUUUUUAAAUGAGAGAAGUGACAAAAUUAACCGAAAUUGGAAAAAUCAAUUAAAGGAAUGGGAAGCCAAUAACGUCAAACCCCAACCAGAAUGGACCGCUAUAUUAACUGACAACGAUCCAACAUUCGAAAAUAUAAGAUCAGCCAUUGCUACAUUUUUAGAUGCUCCAAAAGAUAUUGUUUCAACCGCAGCAGUGGAAUUUGUAUCUGUAGAAGAGUUAAGUUGCUGCAGUGGAGAAGCUGCGUCUGCGUCAUAA